AUGGUGUCUCCUGCCAUCGCCCUGGCCUUCAUCCCCCUCCUGCUCACCGUCCUCAUCCGCUGCCGCUUCUACUUCCUGCUGUUCUACCGGGCGGUGCUGGUCCGCAUCUGGAGGGACUGCGUCACGGGUCUGAGCCGCGAGGAGCGCACCUACCAGUACGUGCUCACCCACGCCACGCCCGGAGACCCGGACAGCAUCCUGGAGGCCUUCGACGACUGGUGCAGCAAGGUGGAGUUCAUCAGCACCAUCGGGCCCAAGAAGGGGAAGAUCCUAGACCGGCUGCUGAUGGAUCAGAGCCCCAUGACGGUGCUGGAGCUGGGCGCUCACUGCGGGUACAGCACCGUGAGGAUCGCCCGCUCGCUGCCGCCGGGCGGCCGGAUCUACAGCCUGGAGAUGGACCAGAGGAACGCGGCCAUCGCCGAGAAAAUCAUCCGCCUGGCCGGGUUCGACGACGACACGGUGGAACUCAUUGUGAAUCCAUCGGAUGAGGUCAUCCCUCGGCUGCGGGCCGACUACGGGCUGGAGAGGCUGGACUUCGUCUUCAUGGACCACUGGAAGAAAUGUUACCUCCCCGACCUUCAGAUGCUGGAGGGCUCCGGCCUGCUGGGGAAAGGCUCCGUGGUCAUGGCCGACAACGUGCUGUUCCCCGGAGCGCCCAAGUUCCUCCGGUACGUCCGGAAGAGCGGCCUGUACGAGUGGAAGGUCCACCGCGCCACGCUGGAGUACAGCAGGGGCAUCCGGGACGGCAUGGCGGAGCUGGUCUACCAGGGCACCAAGUAG